AUGGCUAACGACGUCUCCAACUUCCUGUUCUUCAUGCAGAGGAGGUCCGGCUGGAGGAGAAACGACAAGAAGGUGCGCCAGUCGAUGGUGAUGUUCGGCAUCCUGCUCCUCUUCCCCCUCAAGUAUCUGAAGACUCAGGGCUACUUCCGCAGCUUGCUCUGCACCCGACUGAGGCUUACGCUGUUCGGGACAACCUCGGCUACAAGCACUGGAAAACCGCCAAUCAACAAAGUACCUUUAUCAUCGACUCAGGGAAACCCAGUGGCCGAGUUCAAGGUCGUGCUCAUCGGAGACGGCGGUGUGGGCAAGACCACCUUCGUCAAGCGUCACAUCACUGGCGAAUUCGAAAAGAAAUACAUCGCCACCCAGGGAGUUGAAGUGAGCUCCAUCGUCUUCUACACCAACCACGCCAUCAAGCUCUCCCUUUGGGACACCGCUGGCCAGGAGAAGUUGGGAGGACUCAGAGAGGGAUACUACAUCGGAGCCAAUGCCGCCAUCCUCAUGUUCGACGUGACCACCCGCAUCACCUACAAGAACGUGCCCAAGUGGUACAAGGACCUCACUCGCAUCUGCGACAACAUCCCCAUCGUGCUGGUCGGCAACAAGGUCGACCAGAAGGACAGGAAAGUCAAGGCCCGCCAAAUCACCUUCCACCGCAAGCGCAACCUCCAAUACUUCGACGUCUCCGCCAAGAGCAACUACCAGUACGAAAAGCCCUUCCUCUGGAUCCUCCGCACCCUCACCGGAGAUCCCAACCUCUACCUCGUCGAAGCUCUCGCUCUCCAGCCUUCAGAAAUCCCCAUGGAUCCCAACCACAUCGCUACUCUGGCUCAGGAGUGGAACGAAGCCAACAACGCUCCUCUGCCCGACGAGGAAGACGAAGACUUCAAAUGA